AUGACGACGAUUCAGACGACGAUGCUUAAUACUACUAAUAAUACUAGUAAAAGUUGUUUUGGUGGGUAUUGUUGCUCUUUUUCUUCUCGAUGUCGUGGUCAUCAUCAUCACGACCAAAAUCAUCAUCAUCGGAGGAGGAGGAGGCGGAGAGAAUGCGCCGUCGUCACGAGAACAACGAGAACAACAAUAAACGCCUCGUCUUCCUUUUCUUCCUCGUCUUCCUCGUCUUCGCGACGCGAACACAAAGAACAACGACAACAACAACAACAACAACAGUUUUUGACGGCGAAGCAGAGAGAGAAAAUCAAACUCCGGAAACGAGAAGAGAGGGAGUUUUUCUUAAAGGAAGUAGAAGCGGCGAAGACUGGCGGGGAGGUCUUGAGUGGCGCGAGAAGUCACGGGAGAUGUUUACCAGACCAAGAGAGCGAGUUAUUUCCGAGAGAAACAGUCGAGAACGAGCGACGAGAUUUGUUUACGACGUACGACGACGUGGAGGUAAAGGUAGAUUCAGAGUCCACCACGAUAUCGUCGCCAACUGCCGUUCGACGCUUGAGCGAGUCGUCUUUGGCCGUGCACGACAAAGCGGUUGUCACCAACGUGGAGAAGAGAAUGGGGCUCACCGAAUUGACGCCGAUACAAAAACACGCGAUACCGUUAGCGAUGAGCGGAUUAGAUCUAGUGUGUUCCGCGCACACUGGGAGUGGGAAAACGCUCGCUUUUGCGAUACCGGCUGUUGAAAUUGCUUUGAAGAGGAAAGCGGAGAAAAGAGAGAGUGCGGCGAUGACGACUUCAACAUCAUCGAACGAGGAGGAACGGGACAAUACUGAUGCAACGACAAAAACGAUAGCGACAAUAUCGACACCGUGUCAACCUUCGGUGGUUAUAUUAGCACCAACUCGCGAACUCGCGCGACAAAUUUACUUGGACGUGCGCAAAGUGUGUUUCGAUACCGGUCUCCGAGUCGCGUGCGCGCACGGAGGAGAAAAUUGUAAGCCACAGCUCGAACACAUCGCAUUUGGACCGGAAAUUCUGGUGUGCACGCCAGGACGUUUGCUCGAUUUUUGCGACGACGAAUACGUUGACUUGCGUGAAGUUCGACUGUUAGUAUUGGACGAAGCCGACCGCAUGCUGGAUCUUGGAUUUGAACCGCAACUGAGAGAUUUGUUGGGCAACCGGGGCAAGAUUCCAACGGAAGAGAAUGGACGACAAACGCUUUUGUUUUCCGCAACGUUUUCACCGAAAGUGCUCACUUUGGCCUCUAAAUACACGCGCCCGUCGCCGUAUCGCGCGAGGAUAUCUGUUGGACGCGUUGGUGCGUUGGCUCGCGGCGUGACGCAAAAACUGGUAGAAGUCGUCAAAACAAACGCUACGGAUGAGAAGGAACCGAAGGAGUAUAAAUUCCCGUUACUUCUCGAGGCCAUAGAAAGUAGAAAUAAAAGUGACGAAAAAACGAUGGUGUUUUGCAAACAAGUGAAAACGGCAAUUUGGCUCAAGGAACGUUUAUCGUCCAUGUCAUCGUCGUCGUCGGAUUCGGAUUCGGAUUUAAAGAAAAAAAUUACAGUCGAAGCGCUACACGGAGAUUUGACGCAAGGCGCGAGAGUCCGAACGUUAGAAGCUUUUCGAGAUGGGAAAAUAUCGUUAUUAGUUGCCACGGACGUUGCUUCGAGAGGUUUGGAUAUUCCUCUCGUCGAGCACGUGAUUAAUUUCGACUUGCCGACGGAUAAACGAGACUUUGAAGAGUACGUCCAUCGAUUGGGAAGAACCGCUCGAGCCGGGAAGAAAGGAACAUCGACGAGCUUAUACGUGGCUGGAUUUGAAGACGAGGUUGGAAACGGGCCAAUCUAUAAACAAUUAAGAAAUGCUUUCAUGGAGUCCGGAGAGAGUUUGCCGGAUUGGUUCCAAAACGAACGCAACAGCUCAAAGAACGGGAGCAACGACGACGACAAGGAGGACGACAAGACGUGCCAUUCGAGAGAACAAGGAGAAGAGAACAAGGUGGUAGAUUUGGUGGUAGUAGUAGUAGAAGUAGCAAUAGGAGCAGCAAUAGGAGUAGUAGUAGUAGCAGCAGCAGUAGUAGUAGCAGUGGUAGCGGUGAGAGUGAGGAGAGAAGGCGAAGAUACGAACGCGGCGAAUGAUUAA